AUGGCGCAGGAUCUCGAGAGCAUCUGCUGGGUGCGAGGCGGCGAGAAGUUCGUCUGCACGUACGCCGACGGCAGCUACAUCAUCUGGACGCUCGAGGAUGGCGUCAAGUCGCUGCAGACUGCCACGACCCCGUACGGUCCGUUCCCGUGCAAACCGAUCACCAAGGUCGACUACAAGACUGCUCCAGGGGACGCGUUCCUGAUCUUCGCGGGCGGCAUGCCGCGGGCGAGCUACGGCGACCGGCACACGGUGACGGUGAUGCGCGGAGACAAGCACGUCGCCUUCGAGUUCACCUCCAAGUUCGUCGACUGCCUCGUGCUCUCCUCGGGAGACGCCGACGCAGAACACGACGACCCGCACACGCUCGUCGUGCUCGCCGACGAGGAGGUCGUGCUCAUCGACCUUGAGACGGACGGAUGGCCGACCUUUAAGCUGCCCUACCUGCAGAGCCCGCACGCGUCGGCCAUCAUGUGCACGACGCACUGCAGCAACGUGCCCGAGGCUCUCUGGAACAACAUCGCCGCCGCUGGCGAGAAGCAGGGUAGCAUCCAUUCACCACGGGAUUGGCCGAUAACUGGUGGGAAGAGCUUGAACGAGGAGGUCACCAAGAGGGAGCUGCUGCUUACAGGGCAUGAGGACGGUGUCGUGCGCUUCUGGGACGUGUCGGGCAUUGCGAUGAAGCUGCUCUACAAGCUGAACACUGCCCCAUUCUUCCUGAGCGAACACGAGAACCAGCAGGACCACGACGAGGAGUGGCCGCCCUUCCGCAAGAGAUGUCGAUGGAGGAGAAGGAGAAGGAACUGCACGAGAUCUAUGUGCAGAUCAUUGACCGAGACAACUUCGUCUGGAAGGGCCACGAGCCGCUGACGCCCAAGGACGGGCCGCUGAAGCUCGCCGCCGGCUGCCAGCCCCUCACCGUCAUGCAGAUGACGCCUCCCGCAGCCUGCACCGCGCUCGCGCUCAGCAGCGAGUACGGACUCGUCGCAGCGGGCACCGCGCAUGGACUCACGCUCUUCGACUACGUGCAGAAGAAGGAGGUGCUGUCGCGCUGCACGCUGGAGGCAGGCGCGGGCGAAGCCGGCACGCCAAAGCGGAAGAAUUUCCGAAAGUCGCUGAGGGAGUCGUUCCGGAGGCUGAGGAAGGUGCGGCUGAGGAAGGCGCCCGCCGCGGAGGACGCCGCCGCCGGCGAGGAGAAGCGCGCAAAGAAGGAGAAGAAGGAGAAGGAGAAGAAGGAGGAGAAAGUGAGCGAGGUUAAGGAGAAGAAAGAAGAAACAAAAGAAGAGACAAAGCCCGAGGAAAAGAAGGAAGAAGAAAAGAAAGACGAGGACAAGAAGGAGGAGACUAAAGAGGCUGAGCCAGCUUCUGUUGAGCCAGCAGAAGAGACCGAAACACAGGCAUCCACAGAGACAGCAGAGGUUACUGCAGAAGAAGCCCCGGCCACAACGACGGCUGAUGAGAAGAAGGGAGAGGAGGUAGAGGAGGCGAAACAGAAAGACGAGGAGAAGAAGGAAGAAGAAGGGGAGAAGAAGGAGGAAGCUACAGAGGAAGCUACCAAGCCUGAAGAACCCAAGCCCGAGAGCAGUAAGGUGGAAGAGGAAGCCAGACCGAAGAGCCCGGAGAAGACAGAGGCGAGAGAGGACGAGGGCAUGCCGUCGGUCGUGCGCUGCCUCUGCAUCACUAGAACAUUCCUCGUUAAUGGAACCACGAACACGCCUACGUUGUGGGCGGGCACCGGCUCGGGGGCCAUCUACAUAUACACAGUGACAAUACCGAAUGCAGAGCAGAGGAAGGAGGAGGCUGUAUCAGCUCAACUCGGCAAGGAGAUUCAGCUCAAGCACAAGGCAGCAGUGAUGGCGAUCCAGGUCAUCGACUCUGCCAACUACCCGCUACCCGACACUGCAGCCGCCAGCAAGAACAUCGCAAAGGAACCCAACAUGGACGGCAACCACAAGGUCAUCAUCUGCUCCAUGGAGCAGUUCAAGGUGUUCCAUUUGCCCAGCCUGAAGCCAUAUUGCAAGUACAAGCUGGUGUCGCACCACAGCUCCCUCGUCAGACGCAUCGGCUUCGUCAAAUACACAAGCAGCAAAAAUGAAGAGUACAGCGAGUGGUGUCUCACCUGCAUGUCUCAGCUGGGAGAGUUGAGCAUCUAUAGCAUCCCUCAGCUGCGCAAGCAGAUACUGAAGCCCUGCACGAGCAAGGAUGACAUCCACGGCAUCGGCUCGACUGUCUUCACACAGGACGGCGAGGGCAUGUACCUGAGCUCCGCGAGCGAGUUCGUCCGCUUCUCGCUCUGCCCACACAUGGUCACUGACGCCACCUGUGUGCUAGAGCUCGCUGAGGGCAUGCGACCGCCGCCGCCGCAGCCCAAGCCCGAGGUCACCGUGGAGACGGAGGAAGCCGCGAAGGUCAAGGGCAAGGUCGAGGCAGCCGAAGCGCCUGCCGCCGAAGAGAAGAAAGAGGAAGCGAAGGAGGAAGAGGGGAAGGCCGAGCCGGAGAAGGAGGGAGAGGCCGAGGAGAAGACGGAGGAAGGGGAGAAGCCCGUCGAUGAGUCGACUCCCGGAGAGAUGACGGGAGACAUCACGCAGGAUAGCAUCACCGACCACAUAGCGGACGAGGAGAAGGCUACCGAGGACAAGGCUAAGGAGAUUGAGUCAACAGCUGUCGAGGUGAAGAAGAUCGAAGAUGGCGGCGCGAACGAGGCGCCCCCUGUGACUGCCGGUGGCGAUCAGUGAGGAGGCGCAGGUGAAGAAAGCCCCGAUCGCGCGCAUAGAGGAGCUCGAGGAGUAUCUAGAGGAGCUCGACAAUUUGGAGGAGAUGGAGAAAAACUCAUCACUUAAACGCAAGAAGAAAAAA